UCUCCUCUCCUCGACAUCGCUUCUCUCGCCGUCCCAAAAAAAAAACCCUAAUUUUAUCACCUUUCGUUUCACUCGAUCACACAGAGAAGGUUGAGCAAAUAGAGUUCGUUAUAGAUGUCCUACAAUCAACCAAGACCGGACAGAAGCGAUAAUCAACAACAGUACCGGAGAACUGGGAGAUCCACCGCCGGCUACCACCAGCAGCAACAACCUCACCGAUCUUCCCCCGCCGGUUACGGUAGGGGAGCUGUCACCGCUAACGUUGAUCCUUCCUCUAAUCGCAGUUUUAAGAAGCCUAGCAAUUCUCAAGGAGGAGGGAAUCAGGCUAGGGUGAAUCAUUCAGUUCCUAACAAUCAUAAUGGUCCUAGUGUACAGUCACGCUCUUCUCAAGGAGAACCGGUUACUGGUGGACCGGCUAAUCCAGUCAGUGGAGCUAUUCCAAAAGCUCCAACUUCGCAGUCUCCUGCUAUGAACACACCUAAAGUCCCUGGAGACCCUUCUAAAGGAUUUCCUUUUCAAUUUGGGUCACUUGGUCCUGACUUGAUGAAGAUUCCUGCGCGGACCAGCUCAGCUCCUCCGAAUAUGGAUGAGCAGAAACGUGCACAGAUGCAGCAGGCUGCUGUAAGAACGGCCGCCCCGAAUUUACCAGCUUCGGUACCUAAAAAGGAUUUACCAAACAAGGCUGCAGAUAAUCAACUGAUGAGGAAAGAAGGGCACAAUCCAUCAAGUGAAAAAGCUGAUGUCCAAGUCCACCAUACACCACCUCCAAGUCAAACGCACAAGUCUCCAGUUACAAAUAUCCGUAUGCCUUCGUUGCAGACACCUUAUCAGCAUCCUCAGGUUCCUCACCCUGUGCAUUUCGGUGGCCCCCCAAAUAUGCAUAUGCAGCCUCCUAAUGUGGCUCCAGCCUCGUUUCAGAUGCCAAUGCCAAUGGCAUUAUCUAUGGGAAAUACACCUCAAAUGCAGCAGCAGGUGUUUUUUCAAGGCCUCCCAUCACAUCCCAUGCAUCAUCAGGGUAUGAUGCAUCAGGCUCAGGGACAUGGGUUUCCAGCUCCGAUGGGUGCUCAGAUUCAUCCUCAGUUGGGCCACGUGGGUGUGGGUGUGAGCCCGCAGUAUCCCCAGCAGCAAGGAGGUAAAUUUGGCGGGACAACACGUAAGACCACACCCGUCAAGAUUACACAUCCCGAUACACAUGAAGAGUUGAGGCUUGGUCGACGCAAUGACACGCAACCAGAUGGUGGACCUGUGGCUUCAAAACAGCAUUCUAAUACACCGCCUCCCAGAUCACAGCCAGUUUCAUCAUUUUCUCCACGACCAAUGAGUGUUGUGCAAACCUCAUAUAACGCCAGUCCCAUGAUAUAUCCUGGGGUUUCUAUACCCAUAAACAGUGGUCUAGUGCCAUCCGCUGAAGCACCAAGGUUCAAUUUCCAAGUUAUGGAUGACUCUCAAAAGGUACAAUUUAUCAACCAAUCUGCUCAUACGGCUCCACAGCUUAUGAGACCUGUAGCUCCCACACAUGUUCCAUCUGAUUCUUCUUCAACUUUUAAAACACGUGAUGUCCAAAAUGUGACUUCAUCUGCUGUACAUGCAACUGGGAAGGUAACAGUGAAGCAAGCUGCUACAUCUGAAAAACUUGAAUCACCUAAAGCCAGGCCACAAGGAGGUGUGAACAUUGCUCUGUCACAAAAGGACGUGGAGGCAGUUUCAUUGAGCUCUUCACAGCCGCCUAAAUCUGACUCUGUGUCAGGGGUAUCAAAUUCGUCUGCUCCGCCAUCAAAGUCAUCUGUGGAGGCUGCUCCAGUUGCAACAACUGAAAUCGGAAGAGGGCAAACGGUGAAUGAGUCGAGCUCAGUUGAAGAUCAGAAACAGACGUGUAAGGUGGAACCCUCUCAUAAUGCGACUGAGGAUCAUGCACAGACUAGGCCGGAAUCUCUGGUUUCUGAUCUUGGUUCUCCUUCCAGCUCUUCGGCUCCUGAAACAGAAGCCAUUGCUGUUAAGGACAAUUCAUCAUUUCCAGCUACCAAUUCAUCAAAUAUUUCUGAUUCUUCCCCGCAAGAGGAAGACCCAAAAUGUGAUGAGCGGAGUGUUACUGACAAGCAGGUGGAAAAGUCUGUAAUUUCUGAUGAGAAACACGAAACUGGGAAGGCAAAAAACGAGGUGGAUGGUGCUACAUACAUUUGUUCUGACUCCGAAAAAGUUGCAGAUGUUUCGAGCUCCGAUCUUCCACAAUCUUCUCAUACUCAGUCGUCUACUGUUUCUCUUGGGCAUUCUGAAAAUUCUGGUGAUAGUUUGGCAUCUGCCCAAACCACUCUUUCCAAGGACAAACCUGCAUUUGAAUCGAACUUAAGAAGAAAUACUUCUGUCAAAGGAAAGAAGAAGAUAAAAGAAAUUCUUCAGAAAGCAGAUGCUCAGGGAACAACUUCUGAUCUUUAUAAUGCUUACAAAGGGCCUGAAGAACAGAAAAAUUUAGCAAUGCCUUCGGAGAGUUCAAAUGUUAGUAAUGAUGUUUCAAACCAGAAGCAGGCACCUGCGACGCCUCAGGCUGUCUCUGAAGCUACUGUUGAUGCUGAACCAGCGAAAAAUGAACCGGAAAACUGGGAAGAUGCAGCCGAUGUUUCUACACCAAAGCUGGAAAGUGUGCACACAAAGCCAGGUUCCUCAGAUGAGGUCAGAGACAGCGGCAGCAAUAUGGAAAAGAAAUACUCCCGCGAUUUCCUCCUUAAGUUUGCAGACCAGUUCACUGCUCUCCCUCCAGGCUUUGACGUUUCUCCUGAUUUUGCGAAUACCUUGUUUUCUAAUAAUAUGGGUGCGUCUCAUCAUGAACAUGACUCGUAUCCCAACUCUGGAAAGGUUAUGGAUCGUCAAAGGAGUAGUGGCCGCUCAGAUCGCCGUCCCAGCAAUCAGAGUCCUCUUCCUGCAGGAUAUGGAGGUAACGUAGGUUUCCAACCUGGUCCAGGAGGAAACUCAGGAGUUCUAAGAAAUCCUCGUAUGCAGGGACCGAUUAUGUCUAGACCGAUGCAACAUGUGGGUCCUAUGGGAGGAAUGGGUAGAAAUGGUCCCGACUUAGAUAGAUGGCAACGUGGUUCUAAUUUCCAACAAAAGGGACUAUUUUCUUCUCCGCAUACUCCUAUGCAGGUGAUGCACAAAGCCGAGAGAAAAUACCAAGUAGGCACAGUUACAGAUGAAGAACAAGCAAAGCAAAGGCAAUUAAAAGGCAUCUUGAACAAGUUGACCCCACAAAACUUCGAGAAACUGUUUGAGCAAGUUAAAAGUGUCAACAUUGACAACGCUGUUACGCUUAUUGGUGUCAUUUCACAGAUAUUUGACAAAGCCUUGAUGGAGCCUACCUUCUGUGAGAUGUAUGCAGAUUUCUGUUUUCAUCUGUCUGGGGCUUUACCUGAUUUCAAUGAGAAUGGUGAAAAGAUUACCUUCAAAAGAUUGCUUCUCAAUAAAUGUCAGGAAGAAUUUGAGAGAGGAGAGAGGGAAGAAGAGGAAGCCAGUAGAGUUGCUGAAGAAGGACAAGUAGAACAAACUGAGCAGGAAAGGGAAGAGAAGAGACUCAAGGUUCGGAGGAGAAUGCUCGGUAAUAUUAGACUUAUUGGUGAGUUAUACAAGAAGAAGAUGUUGACUGAGAAAAUCAUGCACGCAUGCAUCCAAAAGUUGCUCGGGUUUGAUCAGGAGGAUCCACAUGAAGAGAACAUAGAAGCUCUGUGUAAACUAAUGAGUACAAUAGGAGUUAUGAUCGAUCAUCAAAAAGCUAAGGACCAUAUGGAUGCAUAUUUUGACAGAAUGAAAAUGCUAUCAAGCAAACAAGAAUUUUCUUCUAGAGUCAGGUUUAUGUUAAUCAAUGCUAUGGAUCUAAGAAAGAACAGAUGGCAGGAGAGAAUGAAAGUUGAAGGGCCAAAGAAAAUUGAGGAAGUGCACAGAGAUGCUGCACAAGAACGCAACACUCAAGCUAACAGGCUUUCACGUGGACCCUCGAUGAAUUCAUCAGCAAGAAGAGGGCAUAUGGAGUAUAGCCCCAGGGGAGGAGGAGGUAUGCUCUCAGCUCCAACUGCCCAAAUGGGUGGUUUUCAUGGACCACCUCAAGGUCGUGGCUUUGGAAACCAGGACAUUAGAUUUGAUGAAAGGUCACCGUAUGAGCCUAGGAUGGUUCCAAUGUCUCAAAGGUCGGGUGGUGAAGAGCCUAUUACCUUGGGGCCCCAAGGUGGUCUUGGUCAGGGAAUGUCUUUUAGAAGGCCGGCAGCAGUAUCAAAUACUUCGCAGUCUGGUGGUUCGAAUGGUUUUGGCUCACAAAGACCUGCAAGUCCUGCUACUCACGGACGGUCAAGUCCCCAAGGGCGAGGAUCAACUUAUGUUCACAGGGAAUUUGCAAGUGCCUCUCGUGCUUCUGAUCCGUCAUCUGAAGUUUCAUCUGCUAGGCAAUUACCAGAAGGGCCUUCUUCUGCAGUAAACAGCCCGCGAGAAAAUGCUUUGUCCGAUGAACGUUUACAUGAUAUGUCCUUGUCUGCCAUUAAGGAAUAUUACAGUGCCCGAGAUGAGAAGGAGAUUGGUUUAUGCAUGAAAGACAUAAAUUCACCAUCUUUUCACCCAACAAUGAUUUCUCUUUGGGUAACUGAUUCUUUUGAGAGGAAAGACAAAGAAAGAGAUCUCUUAGCAAAGCUCCUUGUUAACCUCGUGAAGUCUGCUGACAAUGCCUUAACCGAAGUCCAACUAGUGAAAGGGUUUGAAUCUGUUUUGACAACUCUGGAGGAUGCUGUAAAUGAUGCUCCAAAAGCAGCAGAGUUUCUUGGGAGAAUCUUUGGUAAAAGUGUGAUGGAGAAAGUAGUGACAUUGACAGAGAUUGGUCGGUUAAUACGUGAAGGAGGAGAAGAACCUGGAAGUCUGUUAGAGUUUGGAUUAGGAGGUGAUGUUCUUGGCAGUGUUUUGGAGAUGAUAAGGACAGAAGCAGGAGAAGAGGCUUUGGUUGAGAUUCGCCGGAGUUCGGGUCUGAGGAUUGAAGACUUCAAACCUCCUGCACCUAACCGGUCUAAGAUAUUAGAGAAGUUUACUUAAGGAAAAUCAAAAACAGAACCAUCUAUUUUGGGGAUGGGUUCCCUUCUUCUUUUCUCUUUAAGUGUUUCGUCUAAACUAAUCUGUUUAAUAAGGGAGUUUAUCUAUUUCAUUAUAUAGCAAAAACCUUUCAAAAUGUUGCAUUUCUUUUAUUAUAUAUAGUUAACCAUUUCAUCUAUUAGCAAACAACAUAACACAAGCUCUCUGUAAAGGUAAUAAUGACAUAAAAAGAGAUGAUAGUACAGAGAUGAACAUUUGAGCAUCUUAAUGUGCUACUUAGGUUCUUUUCUAUUACAUAGUUACAACAUAACAUUGGCUUCACUGGUGAGUUUAUUUGAAUCAGAUAGUGUCAUAAGAACAACUCACGCCUAAACACAAACAUCAUUUGAUCGUGAUGUAGCGGUUUGUACCGUGCUUAGCCCAAUGGUCUUUGAGAUCAACCGGGUUUGAGAGGUCAUGGUGCCCUUCUGCAGCAAGCCGGCUUAGAAGUUUGUUGAAUGCGCUUCCACUCAUCUUCCUACCACCAACUCGAGCAUGUCUUUUGUUGGGCAGUGCUGGUAACGGAUACAUUGAUAUUGUGGUUGUGCAACAAGAUGAUUGCCAACCUCCGUUUCCCCAUUUGUAGCACUGUC